AUGGAGGAUAACAAUGGAGAACGAUCGCCGGUCGCCGGAGAAGACGGUGAGUAUAAGGCGGAGGACGUGAGCGAGGCGGUAGACAGCAUGGUGAGUUGGUUGUUCUCGAUGGAAAAUGACGAUGAGGUUAACGCGAUUGAGUUAUCGAAGUUUCUGGAAGCUUCGGCGGAGAAGACGCAUCCGAUGAAGGUGAAGAUCAUCGACGAUCCUUGCUGGCAUCCGGUGAUUUUUCAGACUGCGGCGUCGUACAUUACGAUUAACGGUAAUGAGGAGCUGUGUGGAUCUUCGUUUUCGGAUUCGGAUACUUCGUAUAUGGCGGGGAUAGCUGGUGGAUGUGGUUCUGUGUUUGGUGACGGUGGCGCGUGGGAAGGUGUUGGGGAGGAGACGCGUGGGUGGAUAGAGGCGGAGGAUGGGAGUUGUUUGGUCAAUGCUUCGAGUAAUGGUUACUGUGACGAUGACAUGCUUGCGAAGUUUUUAGGUGAUGAUGUUGGGCAGACGCUGUGCGAGUAA